GUGCCCCCCUGCUCACAAUAAGCCGCUGUGCCUGGAUCCCUGUGGCUGUGGAUGGGUCCCCCUGCGUUUACUGUCCGGGUGGAGUUGGAGCUUCCUGUGUCCUGUCACUGCUGUUGGUCAGUUUAGGUGUGAGGGACCUGGAGCAAUGAGUGGAUCACAGAGCAAUGACGUGAGAAGACAGUGUCUCAUGGAGAGAUUGUUGGAUGCAGUAAAGCAGUGCCAGAUUCGAUUCGGAGGACGCAAAGAAAUUGCUUCAGAUUCCGAUAGCAGAGUUAUUUGCCUGUGCGCUCAGUUUGAAGCUGUGCUGCAACAUGGCCUGAAAAGGAGCAGAGGAUUAGCAUUAACAGCAGCGGCAAUCAAACAGGCAGCGGGGUUCGCAAGUAAAACAGAGACAGACCCAGCGUUUUGGGUGUACGUGAAAGAAAUCCUCAAUAAACAUGAGCUUCAGAGGUUCUACUCUUUGAAAAACAUCACUACGGACAUCGGGAGAGGUCGUGCCUGGCUGCGAUGUGCCUUAAAUGAGCAUUCCUUAGAGCGUUAUGUACACAUGCUGCUUGGAGAUCCCAGUAGGCUUAGUUUCUACUAUGAAGACUGGUCAUUCCUGUUGGAUGAAGAACGUUCCAGCAUGCUUCCUAACAUGGCAGCUGGUUUAAAUUCAAUCCUUUUUGCAAUCAACAUUGAUAACAAAGAUCUGAAUGGUCAAGCAAAAAGUACCCCUACAGUCACCGACCUUCUGAAGGAAUCUACUCAGAAUGUCACGUCGUUACUCAAGGAGUCUACCCAAGGUGUCAGCAGUCUCCUUCGCGAAAUAACAGCAUCUUCUGCCGUGUCGAUUCUGAUCAAACAAGAGCAGGACUCUGAUCCUCUUCCGGUACUCUCCAGAAGCGUUACUUCAGACGGGAAGAUGAAAAAAGAUCGAAAAAAGAAGAAGAAAGUGUCAAAUAUCAUCUCAUUUGAUGAUGACGGGGAAGAAGAAAAUUCAAAUAUGGUGGGAGUUUCAAAGAAGCCCAUGAGUAGCAUGGAGAGUUCAGAGGAAAACUCUGACAGAUCGUCUGCUCCUUUACCUCACUUUGAAGCUCAGUUUGAAUUGAAUAUGUCUGACAAGGAAUUCACUGGAGCUUCGUGGCAAACCGAUUUACCGUGUGUUAAUGGAGAUAUUGCCUCUCAGAAGCUGGAUGUGAAAAGCAUUGAUGAUGAAGACAUCGAUGAUUAUGAUUCGUAUGAGCCACAAAUAAUCGGAAAAGCAAUAAGAGCUGAGAAUGCUGCUUCCGAAGGGAUGCCUAUAGGAAGUGCAGAAACGGCUGAAGUAUGCCGCUGGGCGCCCUUACAAGUCCUGAACGAUAAUGCGGAUGUUCUGUUUCCUGUAAACGCCGCUGGCUCCUACCCUCAUUCAGAUUCCACAUUGGAUAAUUUGCCGUUCGGAGAUAACGUCAGUGCCACGCUCGCAGUAGAGCUGGCUCAGCGGGGAUCAAACAUCCAAUACAGUAUGGAAACCAACUCUCCAGCACCAUCGAGUACCGUGGACAGUACUAUACCGGUAACAUCUGGACCAGAAUCAAUGACUCUUAGUGAACUUCGUCAAGCGGUUGUGCUGUUGAUGAACAGAAAGGAUGAGCUUGAAGAACAGAAUGCAUCUCUGAGAAACCUGCUUGAUUCAGAGAUGGAACAUUCUUCAGCACUCAGGCUGGAAAUUGACAACCUGAAGAGGAAAGUGGCUGAACAGGAGGAGCGGCACGCUGCGAAGAUCCAGGCAUUGGCAAGGGAAAACGAGGUGUUGAAAGUCCAGCUAAAGAAGUAUGUUGGAGCGGUGCAGAUGCUUAAGAGAGAAGGUCAAAGUGAUGCAAUUCCAAGCCUGCGAAAUACAGAUGGAGAAGCACUUCCGGACGUAAAGCCUGUGGUAGACAACGAUGAACUUGCCAACUCUUACGAAAGAAAGCUGAUCGAGGUUGCUGAAAUGCAUGGAGAGCUGAUAGAAUUUAAUGAGCGGCUGCACCGCACACUGAUCGCCAAAGAAGUACUUGUGGCACAGAUGAGACAAGAACUUAUUGACCUAAGAGGACCGGUCCCCGGAGACUUGAGUCAAACGUCCGAAGACCCAAGUUUGUCAGAUUUUGAAAUAUCACACCGUGCCCUUAUAAAUGUUUGGAUACCUUCGGUUUUUCUUCGGGGCAAAUCUGCCAAUGCCUUUCAUGUUUAUCAGGUUUAUAUCAGGAUUAAAGAUGAUGAAUGGAACAUCUAUCGUAGAUAUGCCGAGUUCCGGAGCUUGCAUCACAAACUACAAAGCAAAUAUCCACACGUGAGGGCUUUUCAGUUUCCGCCAAAGAAAGCAAUUGGGAACAAGGAUGCAAAAUUUGUGGAGGAACGAAGGAAGCAACUACAGAAUUACUUGAGACAUGUAAUGAACAAAGUCAUUCAGACAGUGCCAGAGUUUGCUGCCAGACCUAACAAAGAAGGCUUGACACAGCUAAUGCCGUUCUUUACUGACACUCAAAGCACUGGAGAACAGCUUGGAAAAAGCAGUCGAUCAAAAGUGGCUUCACGUUUCCCGAAAUUAUCUCGCAAUCACCCAAGAGAGUCACGGAAUCUUGAGCCUCAGAGUGGAGACCUUUGACCUUUUUUCCUUGCUAACAUCAGUCUUGGAGGAAAGAGGACUGCAUAGAACAUAAUGACUCAAACCCUUUGAAUGCGUCAAUGUUGUUGUGACAUCUCAGCUCUUAAAGAAUCCAUGGAUCUACUUCAAAUACGUCAAGUAAUCAUGUCCUUUAUGUUGCUUCUGCAAUAAUCCACACUAUGUAUGUGUUCCGCUUUAACAAGCACACCAACGACCAACCUUAAGCGAAAGAUUGGGAUAUGCUUAGAAUAUUCACUAUCACUUUUCAGACAUCUACCAGAAGAACCGCUUACAGACUUUAAUAUAUUUUACCGUUGGGGUAAUUACUAUAUCAUGUUUUUGCAAUAAUUAUUAGAUAUUAAAUUCGAGGCGGUCCUGUUGGAUGUCUCUGUGGUGAGACUGUCAGUCUGUAUUUUGGGAAAUAUAUGCUGUCACAGGACAUAAUCUCUGGCGA